GAGGAUUUGUAUUCUAGCAUCACAGCAAUAUCAAAGAAAACGAAGUCACCCGUUUAUUGAAAGAAAAAUCGAAUAAUAAACGUUUAAUGACAAUCAUGGCGUGAAACAUGUCCUGAUAAAGACAUUGCAAUUGUUGUGAGAAUUCCAGAGACCAAAGCGAAAUACGCAGAAUAUCCAAGCUGAAAAGUUAAGCAUAUUAAUAGGUUCACAUGAGAUAAAUUGAAUUUCAGAAAGUUAACAAGCGUAUGAUGCACUAUAUUAGUAUCAAGUAGGGCUCGCCGCGAUGUGUGUGAUGUGCGACAGGUAGUUAUUUGGAAGCGGCCGACACGUGACGCCAUGAGGAUGGCGCGGCCGUCGUUGCAGCGACCUCAUGGGAGCCCCAGUACCAAGUUGUGUAUUUGUCAUAAAUCUUAAACUAUCUUACACUUCCGUAGUAAUCCGAAGCAUUAGCAGCCAUUAGAAUAAAGGCAACUGCUUGUAGAAUAACAAUCAAUGAACACAGUAGUGAGAUCCCAUUAAAAUUAUGUCGAAUACUGUGGCAGCAUCCAUGGUGGUAUACCUUGUGUCUGAAAUUACAAAUUUAAGUCAACAUUUAAAUCCAUUUGAUCACUUACGACGCGUGCAAGUAGAUCAGAAUAACCGGGAAGAACAAACCAAAUGAGAUGAACAUCAUCCAACUGGCAGCCGCCAGCCAUGUUGGUUCACUCUAAAAUUUAUAUCUUCUGCUAUAAAUUUAUUUUUAUAAAAGCAACUUACCGAAGAAUAGGGAACAAUACCGCGAGUUACUUGAAUUUUCGCGUAGGACCAAACAAGCCAGCUAUCAGUGAAAACUGAAACUGCAUUGAAAAUGAAUCCGAGAAGAAUUAGAACUCCAAUUGCUCCAACCUUGCGCAUUUUCAAUUUUUUGUUUCGAAAUUUGAGGUAUGCCAAAUGAAAGAUUUUUGACAAUGUCUAUCACUAGACACCAGUCUAUUUUUAUUUAGUUUCAUGUUAUCAGUGGUAAGGUUUAUUUGUAUUAUGAUAUGAAAAUACGUCAGUUUCUCCGUACUUUUCUUUUGCAAUAUUUCAUGAAUCAUUGGAAAUUGACCUUCUCAAGAUUGUCAUCAUCGAUAGUCUAAGGUUCGAAGUUUAUGACUCAUAACGAUGUUUAAAAUGUCAAGAAAAAAUUGCACAAUCCAAAUUAAAAACUGGAAGAAAAUUAAUUGAAUAAUUAUAGUGAGAAAUUUUCAGUCAUUUCUUUAGUUGAAAUUGGUCGAAAAAAGUUCUUAAAGGAAUCGUGAACUUGAUUUUUUCAAGUUCUAAGCUCUUUUCUGCAUUUUAACUGUUUUCUAUAUUGAAGUAUAUGUUUGAUUAACGUAGGUUCCGUUUAAAUUCUAGGAUUCAACCCAAAUACUUAUUUAAGUAAACAUCGUCGGACUGAAUAGCUGAACUAACUUAAGUACUUAUAUACAAUAUAAAUUGUUCUGAUAUAUAUCCUUUAUGAGUGUUGAAAAUGAUGUAAAAUACGAUUUUUGAAGCUAAAUUCAAAGCAAUUUCCCAUGAAUCCCCCUUCGACGCUACAUCAAAAUUUCCACAAGUGACACUUUUGAGAAACAACUCUUUAUUCUAAAAUAUUUAUACUUUUUGGCGAUAAAUUUCUUCAAUGCAAACAUCGUUUUGUCAGUCUUCCCUUGUAAAGUAAGCCAAUAAAAAACCUCAAAUAAAAGAAAACGAAUUUCAGCCAAAACGCAUGUGUCGUUCAUUUUUCUUUAUUUCAAAGAACUCUAGAAUUUGAAAAUGCGGAAAAUUGCUGCGAUUGGAGGUAUUGUCUUCAUUUCAUUCAUAUUGACCAUUGUUGCAAUGUUCACAAAAUUAUGGAUCAGCUGGAGUAUUGGAAAGUUUAGUUAUGGUAUUGGAAUAGUCCCAUAUCAUUCGAAUUCAGCAGGAUGGUUCACGGCUGCUAGUUGGAUGGUAUUCAUUUCAUUCGGACUUUUCAUUCCUUUGAUAUUGGUUGUAUUAUUUACUGCAUACAAAGUCCAUCACGAUGGAUGCUGUCAUAGUAUUCGGCAUUGUUUCAAUUCAAUUUGUCUCAUUUGUUCGAUUAUCGCUGUUCUGGAGAUCAUCGCAUUUGUUCUAAUGGCUGUCAAUGCAUCGAGAUAUGUCAAGGGCGCUUCUAUUUCUCUUGGAAGUUCUGCAUAUCUUGAUUUGGUGUCUGCGAUACUUAUAAUAGUGGCGACUGUACUCUCUGGACAUGCGUCUCACCAUGAUUGUCAUUGAAACUCAUUUUAAUAGUUGUGAACACAUACCAAUAAAGAUCAAAUACUACUUUUUAUUUGAGAAUAAAAAUAAUACUGCAGAAAACCAU